AAAAUAUUCAAACAGCAAACUUUGGACUGGAAACAAGCUGUUGUUUCGGUUUCACGCCUCCCAUGGGUGUAUUGGGGGUGUGUCUGAACAAAGAUCACAUGAUCGAACACAAGUUCUUUGAUUAAACCAAAAGUGACCUGAAACAAAGCAAGAGAGCGGGCACUAUGCCAAGUUUUAAAUCUCUUUUGUUUAUGAGUUUUUAAAAUUUAUUACGGUGGAACAAAGCAUGUUUACAAAUCACUCCUUGAAUCAAGGAAGAGAGAAAGAAGUUAUUCAAUGAUCGGUAAACCCAAACAUCCUGGCUGAACAACCGCACACAGCUAAUUUUAAGGCAUUCAAUGACAGAGCUCCAAAAUUGUCUGAGAAAGUUCAAUCUGUUUUGACUUCUUCUUUAGCUGGCUUAGCUCGAUUCUGUCAAUUUCCGUUACCAAUGCGUUUAAAUCCGAAUUAGUAGGGCCAUGAAAAACUUGAGAGCAGGGAAAAAGCUUGUCAGAGGCAAUAUCGUUGGAAAAAACAAGGUAGGUGGGUGAACUGUGAUAUCGGUCACGCAGUUUAUUAUAUUUUUUCCGAUCAAGUCUUCGAUGAAAUCAGCAAGAGCGGCCAACCUUCAAUCGAUCAAGUCUUCGAUUGAUAAAAUCAGGCGCGUUGCUCGGAGAUGUUGUGAGCGCGAUGAAAGCAAUUUUGAUCCGGCAGAAUCAACCAUGAGUAAGUCACCGUCCGGAGCGUCACGUUCGCGGUUACAAGCGGGCACGUAGUUUGUUUAAAAUCCGUUUGCACAUGACUCCCUGCAUGUAAAUAAAAACUCCUUUUAUAUUGCAGAUAGUAAUCGUUGUAGGGAAAAAUCAUUGACACAAAAAGAUCUUUUAGAAGUCAAGGAUUUUUUUUUUCUCUUUGGAUUAUACCUUGGUGUUUUUAAAUUUAUUUUCAACUGAAAUACUUCUAAAGGGUUUUGAUCAUGAAACUAAUCUUUGUGACAGACUACUUAGCCUUGUGUCAGAUUCAGCCUAUCAGCUGCAAGGGAAAGCAUUUAAUCAUGUUCCUCGCUUUGUAUGUUGUUUUUUCCGAAAAAUCACAAGUCUUUUGUUUAAUACUUGCAGAAUAACAAAGCGCCCUGGUUCAAAGUGAGUUCUUUGUUAGAAUUCUCAUGAAUAUUCGAGACUAUUCUUCGAAAGUGAUUACAGAAGUCAUUAACUUGGAUAUGCCUUUUUUAGCCGUCAUCUGGGUUUUGAUUCAUGAUGUCAGUGCAGUGAAUGAUGAAUUGUUCUGGAAGCCAAUCAGAAGGCGAGAUUUAAAUUAAGAACGUGCUUAGUGUGAAUUUGCAUGAUGAGUGUGUGACGUCAUAGAGAUUGUCAAAGGCUAUAAACCCUUGUACGGGUAAAGCCAAUCUGUGCUUUUAUGUCGCACGGUGUGGAAUAAAGGUUGUUGUGAGAGAUUGAAUUGGGAAAAGCUGAAUUCGACCAAGAUGUGCAAAGGAAAUUCAAAAGCCCCUAGCUCUAGCUUGGUAAGUGAUCGAGGUUGAAAUUGAUUUUAGUUUAAAGACCCUGGCUCUUCGUUCGAAUUUUCUUUUCAAGCGAAGAGACGUAUUGGGCACGUAUUUAUAACGUCAAUUUCUGUUCUUCGCUGUUGUUCAGUAUUUAAGAACCGCAUUAACUGGCAACAUAGCGAUCACCUUCGAAGGCAUUGCAAAACCUGUAGCAUUUAAGAGCGAAACUCUUUUAAUUUGGAAAAGGAGUCUGAUUAGUUGAUAAUUUAAAGUAGCGAUUUCAAAAUUCGCCAACUCCGUUCGGAAACUGCUGUGUUAGCGCGAUUAAUAUCGAAAGUGUUUGCGUUUGCAAUUUUUUUUUGUGUGUUUGGAAGUCCGUGGAGUUGUUACUUUGCUUCGAAAUUUUAUUUCCUAGUUUGAAUUAUCCAAUCGGACGCGGGUACGUGACCAAAAUUCUCGGUUUGUAAUUUUCAGCACAGGCUUUCUGGGGUCUUGCAGAAUAUAUUGGCAACAGGCCAGACGUGUUUCAUCAGGUGAUGGACAUAUCUGUUGAUUGAGCCUUUUCUUUUACCUGCUGAGGAUCCUAUUCUUGAAAUUAAAGUGGUUUUCGAUUACAUCGAAUGAUUUGUCGAAUGUGGCCUCGCGCGCUCGAAGUUCUCUCUUCAUUCUGCUGCGGACGUUCGUGAAGCUAGGCUGUUGUUGAGUGGAGGUCCUCAGCUAUCACUGUAAACGUUUAAAUCGACCUGAGGCUUCUUCUGCAACUGCUAUAAAAAUAUCAGGGAGACUUUUUCAGAGUUGAGAUCGCAGUCGCAAUUUUCCUACGCUUCGAGAAAAGACUGCGCUUUCUUCCCCAGGCAAGGAAAUUUUUUUCGACCUGCGGACGUGACCGAAAUUUGGACAAAUACUAAAUUAUUAACACUUUACAGCGAGGUGGUAUGAAAAUCAAGAGUCACAAAACCAAAUGAAAUUGGAAAUGGGCAACAGAAAAAUUUCUUUUGCAAGUUCUCUUGCAUCAGCCCUUUUCUUGGACGAAGUCGACUUUGUUCAUGGCAGCUGAGAAAUCACAUUCUGCACGUUCAAAACUCGUGAUUGAUGUGUUUUUCUGAUGUAAUGUUUCAAUUGAUGCAGUUCAGUGUUUAUUGUGAGUAGAUCUUUGUAUUGAGCCAUCUUCCUUAUCACGUUUUCGUCUUCAUUCCAGGUUUGGGAUUUGCAGAGUACCAAAGCUCCGAACGGUAUGAAAAUCGUAUUGUUCGCGGAUUUUAUGUCUAGCAGUCAUGGCCUAAACCAAGCGCAGUACAUGUUGAAACAACUUUGCAACGAAGGACAUCAAAUAACUUUAUUUGGUGAGUAGAAAUGCUAACGAUUCCAAGGUUUUUUUUUUUACCUCGCCUCUUUCACUUUGGAAGGGAAAAAUCCCAGCGUAAUUUUAUUUGUUCGAAACUGGCCAAGAUCCAAACUCGGAAAGUAAACAAAUUUUAUGGCAAUCGAAAUAUGGUUUGCAUAUAGAACCAACCCUUAGGAGUAUAAUCUAAGAAAGCCUUGAUUAUGUGAAGACAAAAAGUGUUUUGUGAGGCAAAAUUAAAUCAAACCGAGUGGUUGCGAAAUUUUCCUCUUUAAAUUACAUAUAAUGUCCAAAAAUAACGUUCUUCACUCGUUUUGCCUCAGUGGGUUUUCACAAAAACGUGGAAGGUUUAAGGACCUCGUGACUAUUUGCAAUUCAAAUAGAUACUAUCAGCUCCAAAGGAAAGAGAGUUUAUUUCUAUCUAUGCUUGCGGGUUUCAAGGAAGCUUUUCUGGGGCGGGUUCGGCUUUCCGAUUAGGUGAAUUGUUUCCAAACCUGAAACGGAUGUUGGAGGUUGCUUGUUCCGACAUCUGUGAAACGGCCGACAUUUCUGACACGUCUGAUUGUUUGUGAGAACUGUCAAAAUAAAAUUGAAUAUUGCUAAACCGUUGGAAGUGUACAAGUGUCUUUUCAAAUGUUGCAAUUACUUCGUCACGAAAGCUAUGUUUUUACAGUUGUAUUUUGUUCGCUUUCUUUGUGUUUUGAUCGAUCUGAUGAUCGAGGGGUGAUGUUUAUGUAUUUCUUUGCCACGUAUCAAGAAUUACCGGAAGUAUAUGCAAAGUUCAGUGAAAUCACUGUGUAUUUUAGGCUUCCGGCAGCAAUUCUAAAUACUUCUGGUUACACAAAACUCCGCCUGCCUCGUCUAGCUUUUUCUAUUUGCGGGUGGAGAUGGCAAAAUGAUUUGCAUGAAAUAAAGUAUAGUGUGAAUGAAUGAAGGCCAUAUUUCUUAAAAAUUCUGAUGAUUAUUUUUCUGAUCUCGAAUUGUCACCUGUUUUCUGUGUAGAAUGUGCAAAUGUCAGUGUGCCUUUGCUGAUGUAUGAAGACACUCAAGCCUGCUUGUGCCAAACUUAUGAGGAGCCAUUGAAAGUAUUAGAGAGGAAAGUUGCUGAGGCAGAUGCCUUUCUUCUGGUAACAGACAGACCAGGAUUUCAGAUUCCAUCUUCACUUGCAACAGUCAAACAUCGCUUUACAGGGAACAACUUCACCUGGAGACCUUAUGGAGUACAAUGUGUGCUUCUUGGAGGCUCUGUUCACAGUCGCAAAGUUGCAAUGAGAUUACGAGUCCUUCUUGAAGGUUCUGACUACCCUUACAUGUCUGGGGUGCUUCCUCGGAGAUGUUCUUGGACGCAGAUGUACACAGUGGACCCAAGUCUUGAAACACCUGGACCUUGUGUACUAUAAGACUUUGCCAAAUCUAAUACUCUCUUAGCUUGUUGAUACUUAUUU